AUGGACGAGGACGACGACGUCAAAAAGUGCGUCGCAGAUGACGAUCUUCUGAAGGCGUUUCUCGAAGAAGACUUUAAUUCCGAGCACUAUGAUUCUAUUUGGGAGGUAUAUGAAAUCUCUACCGAACUUCAAUAGAGCGUAUUUUGUCAAAAACGCUUCAGAUCGCAUAACUUGAAUAUUUUAAUCCUUUACUUUUCAGUGUCUUCAACACAAUCGGAGAGCGAUCGCGGUCAACGGCUUCAUAAUAGUUUUUCUGAUAAUCUACACCACAAUCGGCGGCUUCAUCUUCCUCAAUUUUGAGUAUGAAUACCAGCAGUACAUGAGGCAGAAUGCGACACUCGAAAAGCGGCUGUGCAUCGAAUCUCUCCUCAACAGGGACAAUCGGUUACGGCUGACGCGAGCUUCUGACGUGGCGGCGGUCAUUGCCGAGCGAUGUCUAGCUGAGAAGGUGAGCAGAAUCUGCAAACGGUUUGCCGCCAUCACGGGUCGACUCUGCCCGCUUGGGCUCAGUAGACCCACGCUCUACUGAGCUAUGGCGGCCGAUUGUGUCGCGACAUUCUUCCCGGUUCCGUUGGCCGACAAUAGUCUUCCUCUCAAUCUGAUUACACGUUUGCAGGUGAAGGACGAUCGCAUCCAAUGGUCAUUCAAAUCGGCGGCGCUCUAUUCUCUCGGCAUUCUGACGACUUUGGGUAAGUGAGGCCGAGAGCCCCGAGCGGUCACACUUUGUGAGUGAUGAGGCACAGACAAAUGGACAGUCCUGGGGGACGAGUGGCAGAGGCCAAAAUGCAAAUGUACUUGGGAUGUGUGUCCGCGAGAGAGCCUUUUUUGAUCUGAAACGAAGAGCGGAGGAGAGGAAGAAGAAGAAGAAGAAGAAGUUUGAGACACUUGUCAAAACAAAAAUUUGUGCGUCCGAGGAAAACGCGUAAUCCUUGUCGUCGCCGAGACAGAGUUUGUAUAUAAACAUGCAAGGAAUCGAGAAGAAAAAGAGAGACGGGUGACCGGGGACACGAAUUCUGAAGGGACACUGACACUCGAUCAUUUUCAGGUUACGGAAAGAUAGAGCCUCAGACGAUCAAUGGCCGCAUCUCUACAGUCAUUUACGGCUUCUUCGGAAUCCCUCUGACCGUAAUCCUGCUCACAAACUUCGGAAGAUACCUCGAGGCAAUGGCGACGCGCUUCCGAAGACUGGUCACGUGUAGAAGACGUCGGCCCGAGGACGAAGAGGAGUGCGUCUCCGGAAGCACUCUCUUCUUCAUCGUCCUCGUUUAUCUCAUCCUCGGAGCCGUGAUGAUCCCUCUGAUGAGCGGUCAGUUCGACUUUUUCAACGGAAUUUACUACGCAUUUAUCUGUUUGACUGCCAUCGAAUACGGAGACAUCGUCCCUCAAAAGUGAGUGCUCCACAGACAUCGCUCUGAUCGUUCCUCUGAGCGUUCUUCAGUAAUUGGUUCGUGCCCAUCAGCGUCUUCUACAUGUGUACGGGACUCGCCAUAUCAACCAUUGCUCUAGGUGAGAAUCUGCUUCCAUGGAACCACUCGAGGAGGGAACCAUGGAGACCUGGUUACCAUGGAAUAAAGUGUUUCAUGGCAACGAAUUGCCAAGCGACCCGAAGAGCCGAUGAGGUCGUCAGGGGGACGAUGGGAGUUCCAUGGAAACGGGGAAUAUUACUGGGGGAAGCACUCAACCUCGCCCCAAUCGCAUUUUCUCGUUUACCCAAAAAAAUCUCCAUAAACCCACAUUCCAUUUCCGCAAAAUAACUAACCACUUUCAGAUAUCGGAUCAAUCUAUGUUCGAAAAUUGCAUUUCAUUGGCAAAAAGAUCAAAAACAUUGCCAACAUUCGCAUUUGGUUCGGUGCCAGAAAGUGGGUUUUCCAUUCGCAAUCAAAUACGAAUACUGUCUAUUCUGCAGUCUGGAAGUGAGAGAACUGAUCACCGCCGUCGGCCAGAACAUCGGAAUCGAUCAGAAUGUGAUAGCGGACAUCGACAUAGAUACUUUGGUGAAAACGGCGAUUCAAGUGAAGUUGGGAAGACUCUCAAGAGUGCCGCAGACUCACAUGAUUGUGGAGGGCAUCUGGCCGCCAGAACUGGUCCCACUUUUCAUGAAGGUUCGUCCAGAAUGCUCUUGAUUCUUCGUACUACUCGGGUGUUUUUAGGAUGGCCAAUUUCCAUUGUUCGUGGAUUCAGAAGACGACCUCACCGACAUCCGACCCAAAAAGUUCUCAGUUCACUUUGAAGACGAACCGAUGAUCUCUGAAAUCGACGACACUUCUGACUCGGAAGCGGCCGCCGAAAAGUCGGUCACCACGUCUUCUCGCCUCUCUCCGAUGCCUCCCCGUCGACCGACGCACAUGAAACUGGAAGAAUCGACAGGCAAUCGGCAUUUGUUGAAUUGAAUCUGACUUUCCGGUUUCAGAUUCUUCAGACCAAGCACGGCGUGACGUCAUGAAUACGUCGGAAAUCACUACAACGCUGACGUCGGACCUCUCUACCGACACUUGA